GCUGAGCACACGCCACACAAAACAACAACAACAGCAACAAAACAACAACCACAACAAAGCAAGAGGCAAACAACAAGCUGGCACCCCGUCUCUUGUCGCGGUCGGCAUUUCUGUGUUUUCUCCCUUGCUCUCACACCAAGCGCUUCAUUCAGUCCGUCUCCACCCCCUGACCCUCCCCCCUCACCAACCGACCUUAACCAUGUCUGAGAAGAAGGAGUACAAGUGGCAGGUGCGCCCCGGUGGCACCAUCCCCGCCGAUUCCGUCGGUGUCAAGCACGCCAUGUCCCAGACUGGCCAGACCUCCCAGAAGGCAUCUCUCUCCAUCAACAAGGGUGGCGACGCCGCCCCCACGAUUGACAGCUCCUCACAGUCGAUUGCCCACGCCACCAGCGUCCCGGAUCCCACCUUCAACAAGCGCGAGUUUGCCAAGGCUGAGGGCCGCCCCAACAUUGACGCCUCCUCCUCCGCUGUCUCCGCCGCCCUCCAGGCACCCAAGCCCCCACGCACCAUCAACUCUGUCGACAAGACCCGCGCUGUGUCCAACAACUCCAGCGGCUACUAAGCUGUUGCCGACCAUGGAUUUUUGUUGCGUGAUUGCGUCGUGUGCUGUUGCAUGAGGUCUGUGAAGAGGUGAAGGAGGCUUCAUCGUCCUCUGACUCACUUCCACUGCCUUGUGUGUUUCUUCUUUUCCCCCUCCUCUUCUUGUGUUUCCUCUUUUAUCAAUCAGCAAGUCUCUUUGUCUCUUCCUUGGUGACGAGCAAGAGCAACUCCAUCCCCCACCCUCUUUUCCAAACGCCAAAACCCCAAUUGACACAAAUGUAGUGCUGCGCCGCUUUGCUCCCACUUUUCCAGUUUGUCCUCAGUUGCACAACCAACCCGCUCUGCUGCACUUUGCAUUGUCGGUUGCUGUCGCUGUAGGCGUACCUGUGUGUUUGUUGCCCGUUCUGUCGUCCUUUUCCGUCAUCUGGCAUAAACACGGCGUAGCAA